CCAGAUAUAGAAGCCUGAAAAACAGUGAUAACUGGGGGGGAAAGAACAGGCCAUGGCUGAGAGGAUGAUUGCUUCUCAAAGUGAGCCGUGACAGAAUGGUCGACUGUAUGAGUAAAGUCAUGCUGCACACGGCCCUCUCAUGCUGGCAACCGUUCCUGGGACUGGCUCUUGUGGCCGUCUUCGUGGGUUCCGCAUUGGGAUGUCCCGCCCGCUGCGACUGCUCGGCCCAGAGCAAGUCGGUCCUGUGCCACCGCAAACGCCUACCUAGCAUCCCAGACGGUAUCCCCAUCGAGACCAGGAUCCUGGACCUGAGCAAGAACAAGCUGCAGGCCGUCAACCCGGAUGACUUUGCCCCCUAUCCUGGUCUAGAGGAUUUGGACCUCAGUGGGAACAUUAUCAGCUAUGUGGAGCCGGGGGCCUUCAACCCUCUGUACAGUAUGCACUCCCUUAGUCUCAAAAGCAAUCGUAUUAAGCUCAUUCCUAUGGGUGUCUUCACAGGCCUGUCCAACCUCACCCGGUUGGAUGUCAGCGACAACAAUAUUGUCAUCCUGCUGGACUACAUGUUCCAGGACUUGAACAAUCUGAAGUUCCUGGAGGUGGGUGACAAUGACCUAGUGUACAUCUCCCACCGGGCGUUCAGUGGACUGCUGAGCCUAGAGACUCUAACCCUGGAGAGAUGCAAUCUGACAGUGGUGCCUACUGAGGCCUUGUCCCACCUGCACAACCUGGUAAGACUUCACCUGCGAUACCUCAGCAUCAGCACCUUGCAUGCCUACUCCUUCAAGAAGCUGUUCCGAUUGCGCCACCUGGAGAUUGACAGCUGGACCUCGCUGGACAGUGUGCCGGCCAACACGCUGCACGGCCUCAAUUUGACCACGCUUUUCAUCACCAACACCAACCUGUCCACCUUCCCAUACCAGGCGAUCAAGCACCUGCACUACCUGACGCUCCUCAACCUGUCCUUCAACCGCAUCAGACACAUCGAAGGCAGGAUGCUGUCGGAGUUAGUGCACCUAAGGGAACUGCAUCUGGUCGGGGCUCAAUUGUCGACUGUUGAUCCGUACGCAUUUCAGGGCCUCCGGUGGCUAAAGGUUUUCAACGUCUCCCACAACCGUUUGGACACCCUGGAGAAGGGUGUCUUCCAAGCUCCUGAGGCUCUGGAGGUACUCUUGAUCGAUGACAACCCCCUGGUUUGCGACUGCCGCCUCAUGUGGAUCCUGCAGAGGAGGCAGUCCAUCUACUUUGGUGACUCGCAGCCGGAGUGCAGUACCCCCGAGGGCAUCCGCGGCAGGCCUUUCAGGGAGUUCAAGGAGACCUUGCUCUCCUACUAUGUGACGUGCACCAAGCCCAAAAUACGGGAGAACAAGACGCAAACAAUUGCCGUAGACGAAGGUCAGCCAGUGAGACUGUACUGCAGUGUUGAGGGGACCCCCAGGCCGGUGGUGUCGUGGCUGUCCCCACGCCGGCGCCUCCUCACCAACAAGAGCCACGGUAGAGUCAUGGUCCACAACAAUGGGACGCUGGAGAUCAAGGCGGCCGAGGUGCAGGACGGCGGGGUGUACCUUUGCAUUGCAACCAACACUGCGGGUAAUGACUCAUUAAUGACCUCCCUAGCAGUGAAAAGCCUGGGGUCGCUCUACGCAAACAGGACCCAGUACUACACAGAUCCCAGCAAUGCAACUACCAAUGGGACUAUCAACGUGACCUACGGCUUGGACCUAAAGACUAUCUUAGUGUCGACAGCAAUGGGUUGUUUCACAUUCCUGGGGGUGGUUUUGUUCUGCUUCCUCCUCCUGUUCGUUUGGAGUCGGGGCAAAGGGAAGCAUAAAAACAACAUAGAUAUUGAAUACGUACCUCGGUCCAAGUCUAAUGGCACCUCUUUAGAUGGAGGAGCAGAGGGGGAAGCUGGACCCCGUCGCUUUAACAUGAAAAUGAUCUAACAUGGUUUGUGAAUCUGGGAAUCCAAAUGUUGGGAAUAAUCUAAGGAUUAUUUAUUAACUUCUGAAUUUCCCACUACUGCAUGAGAAUGCUACAGGGAAUGGAAAUAGCACUGCAGAGCGCCAUAACAGGACACAGGAGUGCAGUCCCAAAUCAUUCCAUCUUAUUGGAUGCAAUGCUACGACAUUGUGACGUAUGUUUUUGCACAGUUGUCAGUGAGCCUGUCUAACACGGAUCCUCCGAAAUGAACUUAAUUGCUACCCAGGUGACCUGUAAGGAAAAGGUGUCAGUAAUCAAGCUUUUCAAAUUCAAUUUAUAUACCCAAGAGGAAUCCAUAAGUGCUGGGUUGGAAUUAAAGACACUACAGAACCGUGUACAGUACAAAUUUGUAUCUAAAAGUAUUACUCUUAUUUGUUUGGUCUUGCACCAUGCUUACUCACAGAACAGACUGAUCAAACUGAGCAUCAUUCCCUCCGACCAUAAUCUUUGCAUAUGUGUACGUAAAUGCUUCAUUAUGUACGUGUAUGUACAUAUUCAUUAAAAACAAACUGUUCAUAGCAAUACUCAUGGGAUGCAACGUCAGCCAAAAUCUCAAUUCCCCCAACCUAAUAAGCAAAAUUGUAACUCCCCACUUAAGAAAUUGUCCAUGAAAAUAGGAAAGGGCUUCUACAGGAUUGCAACGUCACACUGGAGAAAAGAUACCUGUUCCCCUAAAUAUUUAAUUUGAUUUAUUGUCAAGCAUAAAUGAAAAUUUAUUUUAUUCAUCAAAGUGGUUUGAGGUUUUUUGAAAAGUUAGUAUUAUAACACUAUUCUGGGGAGUAAUAAAUACUUUUGAGGAUCUUGAAGUUGACAGAGAACCUACAAAGACCACUUUUUCAUCCUAUUUUUGUCUUUUUAUUACUUUUACCGUAACCUUUGCCUAAUGGCAAAAAACAUGUGUCCAUCUUGCUGCAGUGAAGUUGAUAUCUUCUCUCCCCAGUAAGACAUUUUGACUUUGUUGUGGUAGUUCCUCAUUUUGUUGUAGAAUCAUUUAGAUUGUGACAAGUUCAAAGUAAAAAAAAAAAAAUCAUGUAUGUGAAAUAAAAUAAGAUUUAUUUGUAACAUUUA